UAGAACAACAGACCUACAGACGGCCAAAUGAUACAAAGCACAUGUGUAAAAACAAAAGGUUUAACUGUUAGCUACUGUAGCUAGCAUGUAGCUGUCUUUGUGUACAUUCAGGAUGUGUUGUGCACACACUCAGCGGGUUAUUGUUUCUGAGCGAUGAGAUGAUGGGAGCGGGUUUGAUCAGUGCAGUGCGUCAGUGUGUCCAAGUAUCAGUUUGAGAGAAUGUGCAUGCGGCCCUGCAUCUGGACACUCUUAAUACUGUUUAAUCCCUUUCUGUCAGCCCACCACGCUUGUCCUCAUGCCAACGCACAAUCAUCAGUGUGUCACUUCUCUGCACACAGAGGAAGUCAACAUCUUCUGUUAAAGAAAAGACUCCUGGAGAGAGGUAUGAAGAUGACCUGAGCAGCAGAGACUCAAGCUGUGCACACUCUCUGAAAGCUGAUCUUUGUCUCCCUCCGCUUGCCGCCAACAUGGACACAUUUACUCACCAGCGGAGGCUGAUAACGCGCUCCUGCAGUCUGGAUGAAAGACUGACCAGGAGCGCCACUUUCAACACACAAACCACCAACCGCACGGAAGAGGAGGAGUCGCCACAGCAACGACGCAUAACCGUCGCAUCGUAUCUGCCUCCGUCCACGGAUCAGAAUGGAAACUUCUCGGAGAAGGAUGCCGACAAGCUGGGAGCCAAAUCUCUGCGGGAGAUGAACACAGAAGACGUCUGUCAGUGGUUCACCGGCGUCGGAUUGCACAGAUGUCUCCCUCUCAUCAAAGAGGCUAAACUGUGUGGCGCAGACAUUGCCUCAGUGGAUGUGGACACUCUGGACAUCCUCCAUAUCACCUCUCUGGAGGAUAGAGAGCUGCUACUGUCGGCCAUUUAUAACGAGCUGCACCCGCCGAGCAGCAUCAGCCAGAGACUCGACUCUCUGCUCGAGUCUUUAGGUCCUGAUAAUGUCGAGGCUUUCACUGCCACAUUGGUGUCAAUGAGCAAGUCCAAGUCCUCUCCGCAUGUGAGCUGUUUGAGCAUGAAUCGACGUUCUCUCAAGCUCAGGAACAACAACCAGAACUACACGGCACAGAGGAAUUCCCAGCUCCUAGAGAUCACUAUUAAUGCAUCAGAGCGGAUAGUUCUUCUCAGAACCCCGAAGGAGACUUCAGUUGGAAAAAUCAUGGAUUCAUGUAUGAAAAUGUUGGGAGUGACAGAAGAUAAGAGCCUCUUCAUACUGAAGGAAAAGCAAGAUUCUUCAGACGAGCUUCCACUGGAUCAUCAGAUCGGGAGUCUUCUGACAUCCUCGUCAGAAAACAGACAGCUGGAGCUGCACUUGUGCAAAACGGAGAAGUCAGCUACUGCUUCACAAGAUCACCAGGAGGUCAGCAGCUCCAAUGAGAACGGCAACAUGAACAAAAACGUCCAAAUGAACCAGCCGGCUAAAGAAGAGAGGAUCAGGGAGCUGAACCAGCAGGUGGACUCACUGCAAAAUGUCAUCCUCCAGGUUCAGGAGCUCCAUCACGGCCUGGUGGCGUUCUGCUCGGAGUUGAAGAGCAUGGAUGGAGACGUGAAAGUGGAGAGGCUUGGCUCUGCAGAGCUGAAGCAGAGGCUGGAGCUAGUUAAGGGCCGACUGAUCGACAAGAAGCAGAGUCUGCAGACGCUGAGAGACGACAUGAACAACUCUGCCACUCACAAGAAGAAACAGCUGGACGUUCGUCUCCUGGAGAAGAUGAAGCUGAACUGUCAGGUGUUUAAGGAGGAGAUCUCCAUCGUUCAUCUUACCCGACAGGUGGCUCACCUUCAAAACGCCCUGCAGGAAAGCAUUGUUAAGGAGAAAGCUCGGAAAAAGAGUUUGGCCAUCAGCAGCCUGAGCCAGCUGGUGUCACCACAGUCUCCCGCCAUGCUGCUGGUUGUGCAGGAGAACCAAAACCCCGACGGGCGCUACGGCUUCACGUGUUGCUACAGAGAGGGCAGCGGACUGGUCGUGGUCGAGGUGGACGACUCUCUCGUCUGUGUGGACGACAGACUGGUGGAGGUGAACGGUGUACCAGUGAUCAACUCGAGUCAGGAAGAGCUGACCGACAUCUUGCUGCAGGGACCCAGCGCCCAAAUUGUUGUCCUCCGCCAGCCCCCACCCUCCGCCCCCUCCCAUCAGCACCCUCUUCUUCUGCAGCACAUAGUCCAACCGGAUCCCAUACCACUGAUCUGGACGGAAAGGGAUGUGAAUGCAAUGGAAACACCUCCACAACGGAAAAUGGUGGCCAUCUAAUGCUAGUGUUGUAGAUCUCAAGACCACUUUUUGAAGGUCUCGGUUUUGCCUCC